UUGUACUACUAUCUCUUACAAUACUAUUGGAACUCUGUCGACGUGCUCUUCUUUCUCUAAUCUCUAUCAUUUUCUUACUUAACUUUCUCCAACUAACCUUCUUCUUAAAUUCUAAUUAUAUUAUAUAAAAAUACUCACAAAGUGCUACACUAUAUAUAUAUAGGCUAAGUACUCUGAUUAAGAUAAGUUUUAUCUAGUAUAUAUUCUCUUAGCUUUAUAGUUUUGCUAGGGAACGUUGUUGUGCAAGGUAUCUAGCUUAAAUGGCUUCCCUUGAUGAAAUCCGCCAAGCUCAGCGUGCCGAUGGACCGGCCGCGAUCUUGGCUAUUGGUACCGCCACUCCACCCAAUUGUGUUUAUCAAGCUGAUUAUCCGGAUUAUUACUUUCGUGUUACUAAGAGUGAGCAUAUGACUGAUUUAAAGGAGAAAUUUAGGCGCAUGUGUGACAAAUCAAUGAUCAAGAAACGUUACAUGUACUUGACAGAAGACAUACUCAAGGAGAAACCAAACAUGUGCGAGUACAUGGGCUCAUCACUAGACACUAGACAAGACAUGGUGGUUGCCGAAGUCCCUAGGCUCGGCAAAGAAGCCGCGGUCAAGGCUAUUAAGGAAUGGGGGCAGCCUAAGUCCAAGAUCACCCAUGUUAUCAUGUGCACCACCUCCGGUGUUGACAUGCCAGGGGCGGACUACCAGCUCACUAAGCUCCUCGGCCUACGCCCUUCUGUUCGCCGCUUCAUGCUCUACCAACAAGGUUGCUUUGCUGGCGGGACGGUCCUCCGUCUCGCCAAGGACCUUGCGGAGAACAACCGCGGGGCUAGAGUCCUUGUGGUUUGUUCUGAGAUCACGGCUAUUUGUUUCCGUGGGCCUACUGAGACUCACUUGGACUCAAUGGUGGGCCAGGCCCUUUUUGGGGAUGGGGCUGGAGCGAUGAUUGUCGGUGCUGAUCCAGUAGAGUCCAUUGAGCGGCCUUUAUUUAAGAUGGUGUGGGCAGCCCAAACUUUACUCCCCGACUCUGAGGGUGCAAUUGAUGGACACUUGCGUGAAGUGGGCCUGACUUUUCAUCUACUGAAAGAUGUUCCUGGCCUAAUUUCUAAGAAUAUUAACAAGGCCCUCGAGGACGCAUUUAAACCCCUUGGAAUUGAUGAUUGGAACUCUCUCUUUUGGAUCGCUCAUCCUGGUGGUCCCGCUAUUCUAGACCAAGUCGAGGCCAAACUAGGCCUAGACGAAGAAAAACUUACCGCCACACGUAACGUGUUACGUGACUUUGGUAAUAUGUCGAGUGCUUGUGUUUUAUUCAUCCUAGACGAGAUGAGGAAGAAGUCGUCCAAGGAAGGGAAAUCGACUACUGGCGAUGGGCUAGACUGGGGUGUUUUGUUCGGGUUUGGUCCCGGCCUCACCGUAGAAACUGUUGUCCUUCACAGUGUUCCUUUGACCUAUUGAAGUUGUUUUUGGAUGUCUACCCCAUAAAACAUGAGUGGCAGUUAAAUUUGCCACAAUAUCUGCUAUGAUUCUACUACUUUUGUUACGUAAUUCAUUUAUAGUACUAGUAAUUAUUAUUAUUAUCUUCCAGUGGUCCAUUCCAAUGUAAUUUAUUUAUAGUAUUCUUAAUUAAUAUUUACGUGUUUGUUAUGGUUAUUUUUAUUGUACGGAAAUGGAACACAAUACUACUGUAUGUCUGUAUCUAUUACUAUUGUGACUUUCAAAAAGAGACGUCCUUGUUAUUAUGAAUUUAUGAUA